CUUCGCCCUCAUAAAUUCUUGGCGCUCACGUGGUGCCGACGGAGGAAUGCUGCGCGCGCGUUGCGGGCGCUGGACUAGAAUAUUCUUUUUGAGGGGGGAGAAAGAGAGAGAAGGGGGCUGGUCGACGCCAUAAACAUGCUUCUGUGCUCCCCCGCCCUUUCUCUUAUCGAUUAUAAAGUCAGGGCGGUGAGGCGCUGCUUAUCUCCGAGAGGCUCCCGGAGUCCCUCAAGGCAUUUUUUCCAAUUUAUUUUGCCUUCACAAUGGCGAAGAUGCAUGAGCGUGGUCAUGAGUUGUCAGUGGUAUAUUGCACCUAAGAACACGGGGCGCUCUGUGCAAAUAAAAUGAAAAAUCAGCUGGUGCUCUUUACAUAUAUCUACAAGGCAAGGCUGCCUGCUGUUACCCGGGAAGAUCAUGAAACGAGGUCGACUUCCCAGCAGCAGUGAGGAUUCUGAUGACAAUGGCAGCUUGUCAACGUGGUCCCAGCAUUCUAGGUCUCAGCAUCGGAGAAGUUCAUGCUCUAAGCACGAAGAUCGGAAACCAUCAGAGCUGGCACCCAGCAACCUUUCUUCUGGCCAGGAGAUCAGGGAGCUCAGCUGCUGCCACAGUCCCUGCCAGCAUCAAGUAUUUAGAACAGACCUGAUCACUGCCAUGAAGCUGCCUGAUUCCUACCAGCUGAACCCCGAUGAGUACUAUGUGCUGGCAGACCCUUGGAGACAGGAAUGGGAGAAAGGAGUUCAGGUGCCAGUCAGUCCGGGGACCAUUCCAGAGCCAGUAGCCAGGGUUGUAUCUGAGACAAAAGCAGUUAUAUUUACAAGACCUCGGAAGUACAUCCUUUCUUCGGGUUCUGAGCCCCCUGAGCUUGGCUACGUCGACAUUCGGACCUUGGCAGAGAGCGUCUGUCGCUAUGACCUUAAUUUCAUGGACGUAGCAUGGUUGGAACUGGCUAAUGAAGAAUUCAAAGAGAUGGGGAUGCCUGAACUGGAUGAAUACACCAUGGAGCGAGUUAUGGAAGAAUUUGAACAGCGAUGCUAUGACAACAUGAAUCAUGCUAUCGAGACUGAGGAAGGGCUUGGAAUUGAGUAUGAUGAGGAUGUUGUCUGUGACGUUUGCCAGUCUCCAGAUGGUGAAGAUGGCAAUGAGAUGGUGUUCUGUGACAAAUGCAAUAUUUGCGUUCAUCAGGCAUGCUAUGGCAUCCUAAAAGUUCCAGAAGGCAGCUGGCUGUGCCGAACCUGUGCUCUUGGUGUUCAGCCCAAGUGUUUGUUGUGCCCCAAGAAAGGCGGAGCCAUGAAGCCAACUCGUAGUGGGACUAAGUGGGUCCAUGUUAGCUGUGCCCUCUGGAUUCCUGAGGUGAGCAUUGGCAGCCCAGAAAAGAUGGAGCCCAUCACAAAGGUCUCCCAUAUUCCCAGCAGCAGAUGGGCCCUGGUGUGCAGUCUUUGUAACGAGAAGGUUGGGGCAUCCAUACAGUGUUCAGUGAAAAACUGCCGCACAGCCUUCCAUGUCACUUGUGCAUUUGACCGUGGCUUGGAGAUGAAGACCAUUCUGGCUGACAAUGAUGAAGUCAAGUUCAAGUCUUACUGCCCCAAGCACAGCUCCACCAAGAAGUCAGAUGAGGAAAACCUCAGUGAAUUCACCAGCCAGGAAAAUGAGAAUGGGGCACAGGACAGUUCCCCUCCUGCUCACCUAGAGCCUUUUGACAGCAUGGAUCAAAACCAGGAGGAGGCCCACAGGGUCAGCGUUCGCAAGCAGAAGCUUCAACAACUGGAAGAUGAGUUCUAUGCCUUUGUCAACGCCUCGGAAGUGGCCAAGGCCCUGCAGCUUCCCGAGGACUCUGUAGAAAUUUUGUACCAGUACUGGAAGUUGAAGCGGAAAUCAAACUUCAACAAACCUUUGAUCACCCCAAAGAAAGAUGAAGAGGACAAUCUGGCCAAACGGGAGCAGGAUGUUCUGUUCAGACGGCUACAGCUUUUCACCCACCUCCGGCAGGAUUUGGAGAGGGUACGAAACCUCACGUAUAUGGUGACCCGACGGGAAAAAAUUAAAAGAUCCGUUUGCAAAGUCCAGGAACAGAUAUUCAAUCUCUAUACAAAUCUUGUGGAGCAUGAAAGAGUUUCAGGCAUGCCUUCCUCCUCCUCCUCUAUGGAAAAUAUAAUGCUCUUCAACAGUUCACCACUGGGCCCAGAUGCACCUCAGAUAGAGGAUUUGAAAUGGCACUCAGCUUUCUUCAGAAAGCAAAUGGGCAUGUCAUUGAAAAAAACACAGAAGAGAGAGCGGAUGAGGAGGAGCUCUGGGCACAAUGACAAAUCUUUACUCAAGCAGCCCAGCCAAAGGGAAGGCUUUGCAACUCCCAGUAGCUUUUUCAGUUUUGAAAAGACUUUUGCAGAAGCACAAAUUGGAUCAGCACAACAGAAGAAUGGGGUUGUUAUAGCAGACCACAGGAAGAGAAGAGACAAUCAUUCCCAUUGUGAUGUGAUGAAGGUAGGACUGAAGGACAAACCUUCUAAACACAACCAUAAACCCCUGAGAACCAACGAACUGUCUCAGAGGCAGUUAGAAAACAAAAGGGCCGUGAACCACCCAAGUGGCAGGUCAGCGCCCGGAACCCGGAGGGAUAUAGUGCCUAAAUGCAAUGGAUCUUUUUUCAAAAUAAACUAUAAUCCAACUCCGGUUAAAGUGCCUACGACACCCAGAAGCCCUGUGAAAAACUGGGGAGGAUUCCGAAUUCCAAAGAAAGGAGAAAGACAACAGCAGGGAGAAGGGCAGGAAGAGAUGUGCCGCCAAAACUCUAACUAUUCUUACUCGGGCCUGGGUCGAGUUUCCCCUAAAGAUAGGGCCAAAAGCAACCUAAAGGUGGACAGCGAGAAUGACGGGUACGCCCCUGAUGCUGAGAUGAGCGAUUCAGAAACUGAGAUGGCUGAGAAGAAAUGCAGGCAACAAAGGCUCAGUUCAAAUAGCACUAUUCCUAGCAGGACAGACAUCAUUAGGAGAAGCAUCCUUGCCUCCUGACUAGAGAGUAAGACACAAUAACAGCACUGGAGUCAGUGAAGCCCCAGCCUGGAAACAUUAUCCACUCUCCAUUAUUUAUUGGUGUGACAAGGAAGGGGGGGGGGUCCUUACACAUGGCUACAAUAUAAGCCAACAGUGAGCCUGUUUUCUCUGGGCUGUAGAAAUAUGUUUACGUGCACUUGACUAAGAGUUUGUCCUCCACCCGUCAUGUCCGUGAGAUUACAGCCUUCUUUAUUUGCAACUUUCCUGAAGAAAUCACCUGAGAAGAUGACCUUGCUAUGCCAAUUGAUCAAUAAGAUGAAUACAAAUUAAAAGAAAAAAUAAAAAUUAAACACUUAAUGGGGGUAGAUUUGGAUGGGGAAACCCUCAUUUAGGUGGAUAGCAGUGAGGAUUUUCCUCAGUCUCUGAAAAGCACAAGCUGUUAGUACACAAGGAUAAUUUACAAUGGUGGUUAUAAUCACCCUGCACUGCAUCACCCGCUCUAAAUUGUCACUUUCAUGAUGCUGUGCUAGGACUAAGCCCUAAGUCUGCAAUUAUUGUUGUGUUAGAAUUCAGGGUGGUGAUGGGGGGUUUUUUUUGGCAGCUUUAUGAACCCCGGAAGAGUUUUCACAAAAGCCCAUCAAGCAGGUAAGAGGAAUUUACCAUGACUACUAAGAUACCUGAAGGGAUAGAACCAAGCUGACCAAUUGUGAAAACAGUAGCAGCACAGUGCUAUUCUGAAGGGACUCAGACUAAGAGUAUGAAAACUACUCAGCUCCUCAAAUUUGGAGAGUAUGUCUUAAAAGUACUUUUUAUCUUGUUCUGAGAAGGAAGGCAGAUUUGUAGCCUGCUAUAUUCUGCUGGCACCGCCCACCUGAAAUAUGACAAUUCAUGUGGGAAACUCAGUGCGUCUACACUGCAAGUAGUAAAUAGUUUUUGCUGUCAUGGUUCCCCUCCUUCCUCGUCUGCUUCCCACCCCAACCUGAGAAUUGUAAUUCUCUGAUGGGCAACAGAUUUUUCAAUAACGCAUUCUCAGCAUCUCAUCACACAAUUCCCAGGUUUUUUGGGAGAAGCCAUGACAGGUAAACAGGCUGAAAUUUGCUAUGAAGAUAUGCCCAUGUUUCUAAAGGCACUAGUCAGCAGCCUUUCCCAAUGUGCACUAAUGGUAUGUGUUGGGAUAUGCAAUUUUCUGACACACAAGGGUUACUUUAAAUAAAAAGAGAAGGAUGUAAUAAAUAUAUAUAUAUUUUGAAUACAAUGGAAAGGCAAUAAGAUGUGAGUAGCGCUUUACAUUCAAGCCAAUUUAACAACAUGAUUUUAUGAUAAGGAUUAGAUUUGACCUAGGAGGGGCUUGUGUUCUGAUUACAUCAUUUUAAGAAUUGCAAUAACUAAUGAGAGUAAGCCAUCAGCAAUAAGAUGAACAGAUCGUUCAGAGUCUCUCUCUCUUUUUUUUUGCACCCA